GGGCGUGAGGAGGCGGUUGAGCGACGAAGUAUCUCGAGCGAGGAAGCGGCGGGAGGUUGGCCGUUAGGAAAAUGGCGUCGUGCGGCCGUGGCAAGUGCCCGUUGCUCCCCGCCGCCGUCAGCAUCUUCCUGGCACAGCUGCUGUGCCACGGCCACGCCGCCCGGCUGUAUAGUAGCCAGGACUUGGUGACCGUUCUGGAGGCGGAUAGUGUUAAGGGCCUGCUGGUGAACUCGUCGGCCGCCUGGGUGGUAGAGUUCUACUCGUCGUGGUGCGGCCACUGUGUCAGCUAUGCGCCCACCUGGAAGGCACUGGCCCGGGACGUGAAAGAUGACAGGAGGAUGAGUGGUCGAGCAAAGUGUGCUGAAGACACUGAAAGUCUGCAGAGGCGUAUACAUAGUCUAAGUGAGCGGCCCAAGGCCCAGCAGACGGAGUACAAUGUUGAUGAGCGUGAGGUCAUCCGUUGUGAGUGGGAAUUGGCAAUCCGUAUAGGUGUGAUGGACUGUGCCGACGAGAAGAAUUUUGCCAUUUGUGGAGAAUAUGGCAUUCACUUCUAUCCAACCUUUAGGUACUUCAAAGCACUUGCAACCCAGUUCACAACAGGAGAAAGUUACAAAGGACCAAACAGAGAGUUAGAAACAAUGCGACAAAUCAUGAUUGACUUUCUACAAAAUCACACUAGUGCAAACAAGCCCCCUGCUUGUCCUAUGCUGAGCACAGCAAGCUCUAGCUCUGUUCUGACUUUAUUGGGAAAACACCAGAAGCACUAUACAGCUGUUAUAUUUGAAAAAGAAUUUUCCUACAUUGGUCGGGAGGUGAUACUUGAUUUGAUGCAGUACGAAAAUAUUAUUGUAAAACGAGUGUUGGAUACAGACACAAAGUUAAUGGAAAAACUUGGUAUCCGUUCACUGCCAUCCUGCUACUUGUUUUACCCUAAUGGCUCCCGGGGAUUAAUUUACAUGCAGAAGCCUCUACGAUCAUUCUUUUCUUCAUACUUAAAGUCUUUGUCAGGAGUGACCAAGAGACAGUCUUCACAAUACCCUGCACCUGUUAGGCAGAAGGAUGAGGCAGUGAAUCUGAUAAAGCCUUGGAAGUAUUUUGAUCGGAAUAAGCUGUAUAUGGCCGAUCUGGAGUCUGGUUUGCACUACAUAUUACGAGUGGAACUGGCUAGUCACAAGAUAUUGGAAGGACCAGAGCUAUCUACACUUAAGGACUUUAUUACAGUCCUGUCUAAGCUGUUCCCUGGUCAGCAACCAGCAGUGAAGUUACUGGAAAUGCUGCAGGAGUGGUUAGUGAGCCUCCCGUUGGAUAAAAUCCCAUACAACGCAAUCCUCGAUUUGGUGAAUAACAAAAUGAGGAUAUCUGGAAUGUUUCUUACAAAUCGUGUAGAUUGGGUUGGCUGCCAGGGCAGCCAGCCCCAGUACAGAGGUUACCCAUGUUCACUUUGGACACUCUUCCAUACCUUGACAGUACAUGCUGCGACACGUCCUACAAUGCACAUCCUUCCUGGAUUCGACAGCCCUCAAGUAGUUCUACAGGUUAUCAGGAAAUACAUUCAUUAUUUCUUUGGAUGCAGGGAGUGUGCACAGCACUUUGAGGCAAUGGCAAAAGAAUCUAUGGAUAAAGUGACCACACUGGAUGAUGCCAUUCUCUGGCUAUGGAGAAAGCACAAUGAAGUGAACAACAGACUAGCAGGUGCUCCAAGUGAGGAUCCGAUGUUCCCUAAGGUUGCAUGGCCAACUCCCAACCACUGUCCCACGUGUCAUGAAGAGAUUAAGGGCCUUCAUACGUGGAAUGAGAAAGAAGUUCUAAUAUUUUUAAAGUCUUAUUACAGUGUGGACAACAUUUCCUUGAAAUAUAGUGAAUAUGAAUUGCAAGUCAAUAAGACAAAGAAAGCAGCUCUAGAAAAUAAUCAAAGUGAGGUUAGAAAACAAGUACUGUAUCAACUGAGUAAUGGCCAUAAGGAACAAAAUGCCAAUCCUCAGAACCCAGCCCAAAACCCGAGACUUGGCACCUUGAUAAAACAAGAGAAGGGCGAUUUGGCUGAUAGUGGCCAGAAAAGAAUUUCAUUUCACCAGGAAACAGCCAGUCUGAAGAAAGAAAGUAAACAAUCAGUUUCAUUUUUUGGAAUUGGGUUUUCCAAUGUAGACAUGAGUUUGUGUGUUAUGUUAUAUGCAGCAUCAUGCUUUUUCAUAAUGGUCAUGUACUUUUACUUUCAAAUGAGGUCCAAAAAGUGGAAAAUCAGACAUGUCUGUCCUGUUGUUUAAAACAAUUUCCAGCGGUGUUGUGGAAGGAAAAUGGUUCUCUGUUCCAGCAAACAUAGUCCUUGGUGAGUCUUCGUCUUCCCCAAAGCACAUCUCAACUUGAUCAUGGAUAUGACUUGCAGCAACUCCUACAUUAAGCAAUUGUUUCAAUGCUAGAUUGCCUUUUUAAGAGCAUCUACAGUCCUGCUCCAACAGGUUAGUUUUAGACCCUUUUGUCUUAUACACUCCUGACUGAUUCUUGUGUUGUGAUUUCACAGGUGCUGGGCACCCCUGAUGUCUCACCAAAACUUGUUUUUUGCACUUUAGCCUGUCAUGUCAGGACAUUCUCAAAUCUGGGGACAGCUGAGUGGAUGGUCUCAAACCCAGCCCAAUUCCUUCUGACCAAAAUUGGUUGUACAAUUCUGAAUGUUUCCGCCCAAGACUCUUCUCCCAUUUCCCCACUUCAUUGAGGUCAACCUCGUCAAAAAAUGUGAAUGAAACUGGACCUUUUGUACCAUGUUUAGCUUGCUGCAGAGAGUCAAGGGUGCGAGGUAGACAUUUAGCCCACAUCCAGUAUAUUUGUUUCCACCACCCUGCCUGACCAGUUCCAAGUGUUCAUCACUCAUGUUGAAGACCUUCCUAAUCAUUGAUUUGGAUUAUUUUUCCAGUACUUUGUGUCCUGAUCCUACACUUCCUAUCUGUACUUUAAAGUAGUAUUCGGGUAUGUCCUACAUAGAGGCCAUGAUUGCUGAUGUAUUUCCCCACCCAACCUUUAUCUUCACAAAAUCUUAAUUUCUUUUAUUCUUCAGAUGUUGAAAUGUUUCUACUCAGCCCAGCUGUCAUGAGUAGGUUUGUGUCUAAUGUACUAAACAUGCACCAUGACUGUGUUUCAGCUUCUCCACUUUGCCCAACCUGGCUGCUUUACACCAAGGAUCAAUCACCUGAUUCUCUGUAAAACAUUUCAUUUCCAUGAUUGAAUGUAAUAACUCACCUCUGCUCUGACCAGUUUGUUUUUCAAUCCCUGCACAGCCAUUACUGGAUGUGUACGCUGUCACUCACUUUAGCAACUUCACCUCAUUGUCCCACCAUUAGCAGUAAUGAUUUUGGCUAUUGCUGUCAAGUUCCUUUCUAUGACCCUGAAUCAAGCAUGUUCAUUGCUAACUCUUAUGCACUUUUUUUAUGUCUGUCUCUGGUAUUUUGCAUGGACCAUACUGUAACUCACUAAUUUUAAAAGAGCCUGAGAUUGUGAAAUAUUUUCCCUCCAUUUUUGGAAAGUGUAUUUUUCACAAACUCAAAAUUUUAACUAAGACAACCUGCUAGAAAUAAAAGCCGCCAAUUCUUUUUACUCUUUUGAAGUACCUACUCUUUUGAAAUACCUAUGCUAACCUCAACCUCAUGCUCAUCUGCCUGUAGGGUGAGGUGAGGAUUUUGAUGCAUUGCUGUGGCUGUAAUUUCGUUGUUUUUCCAUGUAUAUUGUAAAACAAAGGUGCUGAUCACAGCAGUUAUUUGUUUGCUUCUCUUUUGCCUGCAAAGAAUCAAGGUAAUUGUCACGUCAACAUUUGCUUCGUGUUCCGGCUGUUACUUGAGUGUACGGAAGUAUUUCUGGUGGCAUCGAAUUACAUGCCUUUCAUACUCAACUAGCUGAUAUAUUUUCGCUGACUUAAAAGUAGUUCAUUUUGACAAUUUGUCCUUUUGACUGCUUAAUGUUAAAAUCAUACGGAUCACUCAGUUCUAGCAAUUUUGUUUUCUAAUGAAGUCUUUUACUUGGUCCAAAAUACAGCUGCCCUAUCUUGAGAAUUUUUAACAGGAAAGGUGUGCCUAAUGAUACACUAGUACAGUAGUGUAUUAGGCAGAUUGCUGUUGGAGUUGAGACAUUAUAGCCAUGAAUUUUGUCUAUGGUAGUUUAGGGAAAAUGGGAGGUUUGGCAUUGAAAUUUAUUUGUCACAGUCUGACAUUCGACCACCUGAAAUAUAUUCACAUACUUCAGAAAAGAACCUUGUUUUUGUAGUUUUUCAACAUUUUAGUUUUUGAAAAAAAAUGGCAAAUUGCAAUGUCUGUGCCAUGGGUUGAGAUCAGAUGUCGGCAGAUUUACAGACUGCUUCAGCCAGAGCAUGCUGUUGUUUGAAUGUUAAAGGGACAUUUUAAUUAGCAGUCCAAGUUUUAACAAGUAAUCACACCUUGCAUUUUCUCCUCCUUCCUGCAUCCCAUUUAAAACUCAGCUUUGCUUUUAAUUUAUUUUGAUUAAUCAAUUGAAGUUUCAACAGAAUUACCUCCAGUAUUAUCCAGUGAAGUACAACCCCAAACCAGUCUGAAGUUUCUUCAGAGAUUCUGUUGUGCCGUUGGAAGAAAUUUCCAUUGUGUAUGUCCAGAUGUAUUUUUGAAAAGAUGAGUGCCAUUUUUUCUUUCAGAAUGCUGCCUUCACUUUGGAAAUGUUUACUAAAGAUCAUAAAUUGAAUUUAUUUAUUUUGUUUUAAGCUACUUUGUCUGUUGUACUGUUAUACUCUGUUUUCAGUUACUGCUGUAUAUUUUCAUUAGGAGAAAAUGUAGGCAAUCUUUUGUACUGAGAAGAAAAAUGCA